AUGGAAUCCCUCAACCCCUCCGACCUCGUCGACCGCCUCGGCAGCGACGAAGACGCCGUCCGCAAAAUGGCCGCGUUCAAACUGCAGGGCAGCAUCGGCGACCCCUCGUUCGCCGACAUGUUCAUCGCCGAGGGUGGGCUGAGCAGGCUGCGCUAUCUGACGCUGAGCACGACGGGCAAUACGUUGGCGUACAGUCUGACGAGUUUUGCGCGGCUGUUGGAGGUGGAUAAGGGGUGGGAGUUUGUGGAUGAGGAGGUUGUGGAGAGGAUAGUCCAUCUGAUCGUCACGCACCCGCUCGUCAACAUCCUGCGCGGCGCCAUGUCCAUGCUCGUGUCCAUCGUGUCGCAUCCGCACAACAACUCGAACCGCAUGUCACAGCAGCAGUACGGGGACGAAAAUGGCUUCCGCGCGCUGAGGCCGGCAAUCGCCAACCAUCCACAAUUCCUGGAAAUGCUCGUGAGCAGGCUGUCGUCUGCAGACCAUGCCCUGUGCGCCAAUGCGUUGCAGCUGAUCAAUUCGCUGAUGCGCGACGCCAUCACCAACGGCCAAGAGUCCGAAUGGCCCAAGUUUAUCAAGCGGUUGCAGGAUCUAGGCGUGAUUCGCGCCGUGUAUAUUCUCAUGCAGGGCAGUGCGCUGCAGGAUCAUGCGCACCCGCUGAUUGAGUUUCAGUCGCUGACAAAGCUCCUGCUGAGGAAGUGGAAGAAUGUCGCGGUGGAUCUGGAGAAGCCGGACCAUAGGCGCGCGCUGAAGGGUAUUCAUCUGGCGAGUAACCCGGAAAAAAAGUCUGCAGACGGCUGCUCGUCGUCUGAGCAUGGGGCCGGCGAGGAUAAUAAUGUUCGCAAAUCGAGAAGACAUAACCCCGAGAAAUGGCGACGGCUGGGUUUCCAGACCGAAAGUCCCGCGCCGGAGUUUUAUGAGAUGGGGUUUUUGGGCAUGAUGGAUCUGACGGAUUAUGUGAGGAAGCACCAGGACGAGUUCCAGAAGAUGCUCCUCGAACACUCGACAAAGCCCGCGGAGCAGCGGUGUCCCAUUGCCAGGGCGUCGUUGGCAAUCACGUCGGUGCUGUAUGAGCAUUUUGAGGUUGAGAAGUCGGCGACGGACGACGCGAAGAAUUAUCUGGCGCUGGAGUCGCGGUCGAAUUUUGACAAGGUCUUUAAACCGCUGCUUUUGCACUGGUCGAGGAUCCACGUCGCUGCGUUGAAUGCGUUUUUCCGUCUGUGGAAGACUACCAGUGCUGAAGUAGAGGAUUUCGACAAGAUUGUUGAGCUCGUGCGCAUCCUCGUGGAAUCGGUCGUUGGCGGUGCGCCGCGCACAAAGGACGUGCAGGAUGUUGAAGAGGAGCUGGAUGAUUUCGAGUAUCAGCGUCUGCGUGAGCUGCAGAUGGAGCUGCUGGAGCUUACAUAUGAAGACGCCUGGGGCCAGCAUUUGCGACAGGUGCGCGACGAGUUGCAGCAUGAGGCACUGCAGUUUGUGAAGGAGCAGCGAGUCCGAUGUCUUUUACAGGGUGCUUGGUUUCCUAGUGAGAUUACGAUGACGACGACAACAAAAACAGACGACUCUAUAAAGCCAGACGUGACGACGACGACUAAAAGCCAGGGGUAUAAAUAUGUGCAGUUGUCGCAUAAUCGGAGAUAUCUACACUUUAGCGAAUUCGCUGCUGUGCAGGAGAAUGCGCCUGCUUUGGAUACGUUGACUAGCAAGAUCGACCUGUCGACCGUCUCGUCAGUCGUAUCAAACGUCUCGGCCUCAUCAGACUCGUCCUCCGGCUCAACCAUCAAGACAGCGCCGGCUUCUCAACCGCCGCCUUCUUCAUCUUCCUCGCCAUCCACCAAGAUCACCAUUCACGGCUACGCACCGGCCGCUUCGCCUUCAGCGGGCCACAAACCCAGCGAGCGAGAGGAGCGCAGCAGCCACAAGCGCAGCGGCAGCAAAACCACGCAGCGCGAAAUCCCGCUUCUGACGCUGCGUCCGCAGACGCACAGCAUCGCCUCGGAGUGGCUGGAUGGGCUGUUGAUGCUGCUCAAUCAGCAGCCCAUCACGGCCGAGACGACGAAGCUGGUGAAUCUGAUUAGCAACUAUGGACUGAAGAUUCGGCUGCUCAAUGUGCGCUUUGAUGAUGCGGCGUUUGUGGGCGAGACGCCCGAGAUUCCGAGUCGGGAGGGCUUGGACGAGGAUUAUUAUUAUGAUGUUUUUGGGGGGGCUUGA